GAUAGAAUAAAGAAAAAGACGAGUGGAAUCAACUGACUACAACACAAAUCUAACUGAAGGAAAAACAACGGGAACUAGACUUUUUCUUGGAACUUAGAUUUCUAGUAAUACCAUCAAACUUGUCACUUAAAAUGUCACACACUUUUCUCACCCACUAAUUUUUUUUUUCUAUAAAUGUCACUCUUUUCUUCACCAUUUUCUCUCAUUCAAACUCCUCUAAUAUAUUCAUCUCAUCAUCAAGUUAUCACAUUAUUAAUAAUUGUUUUUUCCUAUAUCCUAUAAAUUACAAUGGCCAAAAAUGUUGCACAAUCACCGUUAGAGAGGUCUACCUUGUUCUCUUUUGAUCAAAGGCUAACUAUGGCCAAACGUUGCGCUCAUGAGGGUGUUCUUGCUGGAGCUAAGGCAGCUGUUGUUUCUGGCUUUGCUGCUGCCAUACCAACUAUUGCAAGUGCUAGAAUGCUUCCAUGGGCAAAGGCCAAUCUCAAUCAUACUGCUCAAGCUCUUAUAAUAUCUACUGUGGCUGGAGCAGCAUACUUCAUAGUAGCGGACAAGACUGUUCUGAAGUCGGCACGUCGAAACUCUUUUAAUCAAGCUAGAAAUCCAAACAGUGGAGCAUAAUUAUAAAUCUGAAAUAAUUGAUUCUUAAAGAUUUACAAUAUUUCCAUAUAUGAUUAAUUAAUGAAAAUGAUCAUGAUGGCAAAUUGAUGAUUACGACGAUCACAUCGAAUGAUUUGAUUAUAUUAAUUAGGAUUAUGAUUGCAUGAUUAUAAUAAUUGCGGUGCAAUCUAGCAAUUAUAAUGUACCAUGCAUCUAUAUAUAUCUAAUCUAUACCUAUGUAACAUUAAUAAGUAUGUACUACUUAUAAACAUAGAGUUUAUAUACUUUGGUCAAUACAUAUAUCUUAGCAUGAGUCUCAACUU